AUGGAAGUGUUAAUACUAUUAGUAUGGUUAACUAUGGCCAGUACAGAACUUCCAAACGAUCUGUCCCAUCUCGAGGAGUUUGUAGACCAAAAACGCUUUGGUAUAAGAAAAAAAUAUAGACCUCUGUAUCACAUAUCGUCACCAGUGGGUUGGCUGAACAAUCCCAGCGGUUUCGUUUUCUUCAAGCAACAGUACCACAUCUUCUACCAAUAUCACCCUUACAAAGGCGCAUGGGGCUCUUUGCAUUGGGGUCAUGCUAUUAGUGAGAAUCUUGUCGAUUGGGUACACUAUCCACCGACGUUGAUACCAAAGGAUAUGUAUGACAAACAUGGCUGUCUAUCAGGAUCUGCUAUCGUCCACAAUGGUUACCUGACCCUAUUCUACACUGGUAACGUAUUAUCCAACAACAGAACGCAUCAGACACAAAAUAUCGCUAUCAGUUCAGACGGAAUUAUUUUCCAGAAAUAUCUGUACAAUCCAGUUAUCAGAAAGGCCCCGUUUAAGAUCACUGGGUUUAGAAACCCCAAAGUGUGGAAGUUUCGUAACACUUGGUACAUGAUCUUAGGUACCGUGUAUGAGCAACGUGGAGUAUUGGUAUUAUAUACGUCACCAGAUAUAUUUAAUUGGAAAUUCAACACAACCUUAUUACGUUCAUAUGGAGAUAUGGGCUACAUGUGGGAGAACCCUGAUUUCUUCGAAGUAGACGGUCAGUAUGUGCUAAUAUUGUCUGCGCAAGGAAUCCAACCGGAUGUACAUAGAUUUAAAAAUUUCUAUCAAACUGGUUACGUCGUCGGAAGCUUUAACUACGGUACGUCACAAUUUGAAGACGUGGAGAUAUCAACUGCUACUUUCAAUGAACUUGAUUAUGGACAUGAUUUCUAUGGGGCGCAAACUAUGCAAACGUUAGAUGGUAGGCGACUUUUAAUCGCCUGGCUCGGUAUGUGGGAGAAUGACUUUGAAGAAUCAAAAGCCGGAUGGGCCAGUAUGCUAACGAUAGUCAGAGAAGUACGUAUGACCUUUAACGGGCGUCUCUUAAUGAGACCUAUAAGUGAGCUUGCUGAAUUGAGAACGGAAGUCCUCGAGAGCGCUUGGUACACUCCUGGAGAGGCGUUCCAAGCUGGAACCAAAUCUUUUGAGCUGUUAGUAAACUCGACUUCAGUGUCGCAUGAUGCCGUGCUUAUACUAGAAUGGGGUAGCAGCGUGAGAGUACAAAGGUACAUUAUAAGAUAUUCAUCUGAAUUUGGGAGCGUAAGUGUGGAUCGAGGUGGAACAAACGGCAUAAGAAGAGCCGACUGGGCGCCAGUUCACCAGAUAUUUUGGCAUAUAUUUGUCGAUUCCAGUUCCAUAGAGGUAUUUUGUGGAGACGGAGAAGUAGUUUUCUCUAGUCGCAUCUAUCCUAAGAGGUCUAUUCGAAUUAGAAUUGCUGGUGAAAUGGAGUUACAUAUAACGCAGUACAAAUUGAGACGCAGUGUAGGCUAUGACGAAAAGUUGCGUGAAUACCUGAGAAGUAACUAUCUUGCUAAGUAUAAUAAUGAUAACUAA